GUGGAUGUGUAAAACCCGGAGCUGGAUUUCCCCGCUGCUGCUGCUGUUCUCGGAUUGGAGCCCGCCGCCCAUUUUCGCUCUGACGUUAGCUCCCGCUAGCGUUAGCCGCUUAGCCCGCUAGGCUACUUCUGUUUAGCGGAGGCUACGAGAUGGCGGCAGUCGGCGACUCGCAGCGCUGCUUCUGUGUCUCUUGAAUCUGUUGUUUUAACGCACGAUCUGGACUGUUUCUCUUGCUUUUGCUGUCGGUGUAAAGCAGGGGAAAGGGAAUCGACCUGCCUUGCGAAUCGAGGAACUGAUUAUUUCAGAGGAUUUCCAGCGAAAAGCCUGAUUUUUUACCGGCGUUGUUAUUUCUGUACGCGCUAAAAUGGCGGACUCUUUUACCUAGCCGGCUAGCUGCACUUUUUUGGACAUCUAGCUGGCUAAAACGGGCAGCUCGGAACUUUUUCGAAAGCUGAAUAGGAUAUUUUAUAAUGGACUAGGUCUUUUUUCUGCGUUUGCACGACGACUUCUGCCACGAUUAUUAGACGAAAAUGGCUUCUACUGGUACUGCGACGUCUGGUUCGGUUCUGCAGCCCCGCUGGAAGAGGGUGCUGGGCUGGUCUGGCCCGGUUCCUCGCCCUCGGCACGGACAUCGGGCUGUUGCCAUUAAGGAGCUCAUGGUAGUUUUCGGCGGAGGAAAUGAAGGGAUUGUCGACGAGCUCCACGUUUACAACACAGCAACCAACCAGUGGUUCAUUCCUGCUGUCCGUGGUGACGUUCCACCUGGCUGUGCCGCUUAUGGAUUUGUGUGUGAUGGCACUCGGUUGCUGGUGUUUGGUGGUAUGGUGGAAUAUGGAAAAUACAGCAAUGAUCUAUAUGAACUACAGGCCAGUAGAUGGGAGUGGAAACGGCUAAAGCCUAAAGCUCCAAAGAAUGGCCCACCCCCUUGUCCCCGCCUGGGCCACAGCUUCUCCCUGGUGGGAAACAAAUGCUACCUGUUUGGAGGCCUUGCCAAUGACAGCGAGGAUCCCAAGAACAAUAUUCCAAGAUACCUGAAUGACCUGUACACACUCGAGUUGCGUCCUGGCUCCAACGUGGCAGGCUGGGACAUCCCCAUCACGUACGGUGUCCUGCCUCCUCCCCGGGAGAGCCACACUGCCGUGGUCUACACAGAGAAAACCUCCAAGAAGUCUCGCCUCGUCAUCUAUGGAGGCAUGAGUGGCUGCCGGCUCGGAGAUCUCUGGACGUUAGAUAUAGACACACUGACCUGGAACAAGCCUUCCAUCAGUGGCACAGCUCCCCUUCCUCGAAGUCUUCACUCUGCCACAACUAUAACAAACAAGAUGUAUGUUUUUGGUGGUUGGGUGCCCUUGGUGAUGGAUGAUGUGAAAGUGGCCACACAUGAGAAGGAAUGGAAGUGUACAAACACAUUGGCUUGCCUAAACCUUGAUUCAAUGACAUGGGAGUCAAUUUUAAUGGACACUCUGGAAGAUAACAUCCCAAGAGCCAGAGCAGGACACUGCUCCGUUGCGAUCAACUCCCGGCUGUAUGUGUGGAGUGGACGGGAUGGCUACCGCAAAGCCUGGAACAACCAGGUUUGCUGCAAAGAUCUCUGGUACCUGGAGACAGAUCGCCCCCACGCACCGUCACGAGUACAGUUGGUCCGUGCUAACACCAGCUCCUUGGAGGUGAGCUGGGGUGCGGUUCCCACUGCCGACACCUACCUGCUGCAGCUGCAGAAAUAUGACAUCCCCGCAGCAACAGCGGCCACCUCUCCAAACGUCACGCCCACUUCCUCUCUACCGGCCAACUCGCCCAAGAGCCCGGCUCUGGCCGCCGCCGCUCCGGCAUCCCAGAGCCUGCCUCUGACUGGGGUUACACUUGUACCACAGAGUCCCUCACCCACUACUUCCAUGCCAGGCAGCCCACUUGCUGCAGCCUCACCCAGGGGUCCAGCCAUUCUGAAAGUGGCUGCACCUCAGUCCACUGCUGGAGCCUCCAUUGUCACUGUGCGUCAGGCCAAUCAAGUAGGGAAGUCCCCAGUCACUGUUACAUCACUUCCUGCUGGAGUCCGCAUGGUUGUCCCUGCUCAGAGCACUCAAGGAACGCCAAUUGGCAGCAGUCCUCAGAUGAGUGGCAUGGCUGCACUAGCUGCAGCUGCAGCUGCCACACAGAAGAUACCGCCCUCCUCCACAGCCACUGUGCUGAAUGUUCCAGCAGGAGCCACCAUUGUAAAGACUGUCGCUAUGACUCCAGGCUCCACAUCUCUGCCAGCUACCGUCAAAAUGGCCUCCCCAGUCAUGGUGAGCAACCCAGCAACACGCAUGCUGAAGACAGCUGCAGCCCAGGUUGGGACAUCAACCAUCUCCACGCCCAACACUCCAACUCGCCCAAUCAUCACCGUGCAUAAGUCAGGCACUGUGACGGUAGCCCAGCAGGCCCAAGUGGUCACCACAGUGGUUGGAGGGGUCACCAAAACAAUCACCCUUGUGAAGAGCCCACUUACUAUGGGCAGUGGUGGAACUCUGAUUUCUAGCCUUGGGAAGGUCAUGUCUGUGGUACAGACCAAACCAGUACAAACAUCUGCGGUGACUGGCCAGGCUGGAAGCAGCCCUGUAACUCAGAUCAUACAGACAAAGGGUCCUCUACCUGCGGGCACUAUCCUAAAGCUGGUCACCUCUGCGGAUGGCAAGCCCACAACUAUAAUCACAACAACGCAAGCAGGUGGCACUGGCACCAAACCCACCAUUCUGGGUAUUAGUGGAGUCUCCCCAAGCUCUGGUGCCAAACCUGGCACCACCAUCAUCAAAACCAUCCCCAUGUCUGCUAUCCAGCAAGGAGCUGCAGGUACUGUCAGUAGCCCUGGUAUGAAGUCUCCCAUUACUAUCAUUACCACAAAGAUGGUAACACCUGGCACAGGCACCCCAGGGAAAAUCAUCACCGCUGUACCUAAGCUGACUGCAGGAGCUGGACAGCAGGGGGUGACACAGGUGGUCCUGAAAGGUGCACCAGGGCAGCCUGGCACUAUUCUGCGCACUGUGCCUAUGGGUGGUGUGCGUCUCGUUUCUCCUGGAACUGUUUCUGGUGUCAAACCCACAGUUACCACGCUAGUAGUCAAAGGCACAACAGGAGUGACUACUCUUGGCACUGUGACCGGCACUGUCUCCUCCAGCCUGACGGGAGGCAAUGUUGUCACUUCCAAUGCAAGCCUGGCUACUCCCAUUACAAGCCUGGGUACCAUUGCCACACUUUCGAGUCAUGUGGUCAACCCAGCUGCAAUCACUGUGUCCGCAGCCCAAACAAGCUUGACUACCACGUCUUCUGUGGCCCUGCAGGCAGCUGCACAGCCAACUCAGGUGACUCUGAUUAGCACCCCUAGUGGUGUGGAGGCGCAACCUGUGCAGGACCUCCCUGUCUCCAUUCUGGCAUCGCCCACCUCUGAGCAGCCCUCCUCCACAGGUGCUGAAUCCGGUGAUGCUCCCGGUGAAGUGACUCUGGUCUGUUCCAACCCGCCCUGCGAGACCCACGAGACUGGCACCACCAACACGCCCACCGUGGCUUCUGCAAAGAUCUGUUCCAACCCACCUUGUGAAACUCACGUGACCGGAACUACCAACACGACAACCACAGCCUCUUCCAACAUGGGUCGUGUGCAACAGGUGUGCAGCAAUCCGCCGUCGGAGACACAUGAUACCGGCACCACGAACACUGCUACCACUGCCAGCUGCAGCAUGGGCUCCAGUGCAAUGGGCGUUGUUGACAGCAGCACGGCAUCGCAGCAACCCGCAGCGACCUCGUCUGGCAGUACACUUCAGUCUCCGGUAUGUUCUAACCCUCCGUGCGAGACGCAUGAAACGGGCACCACUAACACACCCACGCAAGCUUCCUCAAGCAUGGGCAGUGGACAAACCAGCACUGUACAGAGAGUAUGUUCCGACCCGCCAUGCGAGACCCACGAAACGGGCACCACCAACACACCAACCCAGGCGUCCUCGGGCAUGGGCAGUGGGCAGACCAGCACUGUACAGAGAGUAUGUUCCAACCCGCCAUGCGAAACCCACGAAACCGGCACCACCAACACACCCACACAGUCAUCUUCAAGCAUGGGAGCGGUGCAGAACGGCACGGUGCAGAGAGUGUGUUCAAAUCCACCAUGUGAAACCCAUGAGACGGGAACCACAAACACAACCACAACUGCCACCAGCAACCUGGAGUCAGGCGAAGAAGCAGCUCAACAAAGUGCUGAAGGACAAGAAGACACUAGUGGCACCAGUGUUGAGGCAACUUCAUCUACAGAAGCUGCCAAUCCCACAAUCCAGAGCAGAGCUGUAACCACAGUCACCCAAUCUACACCGACACCUGGGCCAUCUGUCCCAGAGAUUUCAUCCAUGGCGGGCUCUGCUGCGGUAGUGGAGGCCUCAGGUGAAGCUGAGGCAAUGGAACAGGGUGACUCUGAGGCCGUGGCAUCGGGUGAGGAACCCAUGCAGACAGAAGGCGUGCUGGGCGUAGAGAGCGGAGUCAGGGUGGUUGCUAUUGAAGAGGGUUCCGCUGGCGAGGCAGGAGCCAUGCUACAGGUGCACGUUGCCAUGGAAGCACAGCCUGGCCAGGGGGAACAGGCGGAGAUGGAGCAGGGAGGAGAGAGCGAGGAGGCCGUGGGUCUGACAGGCCAGGACUCUGAAGCCUUGGCACUGCCCCAGGAGCUUAUGGCUGCUGAGGGACAGCCCACCACACUAAUGGUGACUGGAUUGACACCAGAGGAGCUGGCUGUCACUGCUGCCGCAGAAGCUGCUGCUCAGGCUGCAGCCACCGAGGAGGCCCAGGCCCUUGCAAUACAAGCUGUGCUCCAAGCAGCCCAACAGGCUGUGCUGAAUGAAGGGGAUUCUGGGCACGAUGGUCAGCAGCCGACCACCAUUCCCAUUGUCCUGACUCAGCAGGAAUUGGCUGCUCUUGUCCAGCAGCAGCAACAGCUGCAGGAGGCCCAGGCCGCUGCAGCGGCUGCACAGCAGCUGGCAGCUCAUUCGGGCUCCGCAGCUCUGCCCACAGAAGGCCUCGCCCCUGCAGACAGCCUCAACGACCCCACGUCCGAGAGCAACGGCCAUGAGAUGGCUGCCGCUGCGGCGGUCACUGGAACUGUGGCUCGUCUUCUUCCAAGCACCUCUGCAGAAACUUUGGCACCAUCAAGUACGUUUGCUCCAUCCCAGCCGAUGGUUGUGGCUAGCCCUGCCAAGAUGCAGGCAGCUACUGCUCUUGCCGAAGUAGCUAACGGCAUAGAGUCUGCAGCAGGGAAACAAGGGGCACCCCCUGCAAUUGUGAAGCCUCCAGUGAAGAAGGAAAAUCAGUGGUUCGAUGUUGGAAUAGUGAAGGUCACCAACAUGGUCGUCACACAUUAUUACAUGCCAGCGGAUGAUUCAGAAGUUACAGAUGAUGAUUCUGGGACCAUUCCAGAUUAUAACCAGAUGAAGAAAGUGGAGCUCUCUCCUGGCACAGCGUACAAGUUCCGUGUUGCUGGCAUUAACGCUUGUGGCCGUGGAACCUUCUCUGAAGUUUCAGCCUUCAAAACUUGUCUACCUGGGUUCCCUGGAGCACCGUGUGCCAUUAAAAUCAGCAAGAGCCCCGAUGGUGCUCACCUCACAUGGGAACCUCCGUCAGUAACUUCUGGGAAGAUUAUCGAGUAUUCCGUCUAUCUGGCCAUCCAGAGCUCACAGACAACCGAGGCAAAAGCAUCCGCCCCUGCGCAGCUGGCUUUCAUGCGGGUUUACUGUGGGCCCAACCCCUCUUGCCUGGUUCAGACCUCCAGCCUGUCGAAUGCUCACAUUGACUACACCACCAAACCUGCAAUCAUCUUCCGUAUUGCUGCUCGCAACGAGAAGGGCUACGGUCCUGCAACGCAAGUCAGGUGGUUGCAAGAAACCAGUAAAGAUGGAUCUGCUGCCAAACCUGCAGUGAAGAGACCAGUCUCCUCUCCUGAUGUGAAAGGAAUUGGUGUAAAAAAGGCCAGAGCUGACCAGUGAAAGAGCUUGCCAUGCCCUCCCCAUCCUGAGAUCAAGACCCACGACUGAACUCCUCUUCUUCCUGCUGAAUGCCCUUCCCCAGCCUUCUUCAUCCCUACCACUCAGUACUUCAUGAGAUGGCAGCAUAAAAAGGAAAAAAAAAAUCAAGAUAAUCUAUUCUAUUUGUGCCCUACCCCGGUCAUCACUGAAGGUUCUGGUGCCAUGGACGCCUUAUCUCUCCUCUUUUUUUCGUUUUUGUAUUAUAAACGUGUCUUCAGACAAACAGUUACAAGCACAUACUUUUGCUUUUCCUGGCAAUUUUGUGUGACAGAUUUCCAAUGGCAGCAUUUAGUCAAGUUAACUGUGUUGAUUGUUUCUGUAGUUCAGUUCCUUUUUUCUUCCUUCAUAUUCUUUUAUUUUAGCUGAUUUCAAUACAAGCAAUAGAUAAAGAAGAAAAAAAAACAGUACCCUUUGCUCUUCUAUCAGUUGCCCACCCCACCCUUUCUGUUCUAUGGCAAUUUUGUAUAUUUCAAUUGGGCGCGCAGACAGAAGAUGGAAGGAGACUGAAUGGAGGGAGCGCAGACAACGAAGUUUCACCUGGAAAUUCCAUCCCCGGACGAUGGCAAAAGAAAACGCAGCACUUGGUGACACUUCUGAGGAAAAGACUUGUUUCGUUUUAAAGACAAAUCUGUAAUUGUACAUUCAGUCUGAGUCCAGUAGCCUGUUAUUACAUCACUGUGUCUUCAUACAUUGCUGAGAGGGACAGAUUUAAGAACUGUACCAUUUUCUACCGAAGACGUGAGGACUCCGAUCCUUGUAGAUGGAGAGGCAUAUGACUUUUGCAUUGCAUCGAAGUACAUCUUGUAUAAAGAAAGAGGAAAACAAAAUCCCAAAAAUAGUAAGCAGUGAUGCAGAAGCUCUGUAUGUGGUUUAUUUUUGUAUUUUUCCUUUUUUUUUUUUUUUUGUUCUUUUUUUAAAAUGAUCUUUUUCUCCCCCCUCACUGUGUUUGUGUGCAUCCGCGCGGUUUUAAAACUUGUUUCCUGCUCAUUCCUAUAGUCGAUGAGUUGUGCUUGUGGGAUUGUGUGGCAGCUUGUCUUAGUGCCACGGUAUUUUUUACAUCCCAUGUUAAGUAUUUCAAACGGUGGUUCAGAAAUUGGAAUAUAAAGUGAACUUUUUGUACUCGUUCUGGGGACAGACGACCCACCCCACACCCAAGCUUGAGAAUACUGAAUAAAAUAGUUUUUGCGUUUUUGUUCGUUUCCUCCCGACUUGUAUACUGUUGGACAUUUUAAAGGAGUAACGCUUAUGUUCCUGUUGUUUGGUUAAUUUUUCUUAUCCUGUUAACCUUUCACUAGUCCAUAGUUAAUGUAAAAUUUACUUUCAGUGGAUUUUUUUUUUCUAUGCUUGUUUGUGAGUUGGUAGAGGUAAAAAAGCAAAACUGGGAUUCUUGUCUUAAUUGGGGGAAUGUUUAAGACGUUUCCACUUUUUUAAGGGGGUCCUACUCCCUCGAGUUGGCUGGUGAUUUGAACUUGGGGUGCAGAUGUAUACCAAGUGAGAGUGCUGAUCCAGGAUAAAGUUCUUCAACGUCUUUGAAAUGAUUUGAAAAUUAAAAUCUGAUCCUAGAUCGGGACCCUUACUUUUUGAGAAGUUAUGCAUAUGACCCCAGUUUCUAGAAUGUUUUUUUGUUUUGUUUUGUUUUUUUCUUAGAGAGAAGUGAACAGGUAUGUCUGAAUGAAAGUGAGGAAGAACAUGGGUUUGCUUUUCUGACAGUUGGAAAUUGUGAAUGAUGGAUUUGGCACAGCCAGCGUUUGAACUCGGUUGUAAAUUAGUUCUUUCACGUAGCAAGAAGUAAAACAACAAGAAACAACUCUGCCUUUUUUAUAUAAAUAUCUGUAACAAAUGUUUUUACAUGUUGUCAUCUAUUGAUUGCUUUUGUGUCUUGACAUAUAAAAGUAAUGGAAAUCUG